AUAACGAUGGCGGUUGCGACGCAGCAUCAGAGAUUGUCAGAGAAACAGCGAAAACUCGAUGCUUUGGUUACUCUAGAGCAGCUAGGAGCCAGAGGCGCGGCGUUGGAGAGAGAAACUGCAAUUCAUUUGUACAACAAGAGAAGUGAAUUCAGACAUGAAUAUUGUGAUCUGGAAGAGACAGACGGAAGGAUGACGGAAGGUAGAAAACAAGAAAAGGCGAAAUUGAAGCUGCAGUUGUCAAGGGUGCACACAAGCGUUUCUCGCUUUCGGAGAUCUCUGCAAGAUGCUAAACCAAGCUCUGAUCUCGUGCAAAAGCUGAAGGAAAUGAUGGAGGAAAUCGAGACGUCGAUACUGUCAUUCAAGAACCAUCAGAGAGAGAUCUAUGAAAUGUUAUCAAAGGAAGAAAAGGUUGUUUCUCAGGAAGUGUCUGCGUUUGAGAAACGAAUUUAUUCAUGGAGUAGUCGCGAUGCAGUGGGAGAUGCGAUUGCAAUGAAACCGAAAAAAGUACAGACUGCUGAAUCCAAAGAAGAGAUGCCACCUGCAGUAACAGCAUUUGAGCGUUUUCUUCAGCAAACUGGAGGUCAUCAAGGAGGAUGGGAUGACUACGACCAUCAAACCUUUCUUCGAAUAUACAAAACCCACAAGGGAAAUCCGGUGUUUCUUACUACUGCUCUUGCUGUACUGCCUGGUCACAGUGAGGAUGAUAUUAUGGAGCAUGUUCAGUGGUAUAGUGAAUAUUUGACACUGAAAGAUAGUCAGAAAGAGGCCAUUCGUAAGUGGAAAGACAUGAAACAGUCUGAAAAAGCUGAAAUGUUGAUCAAAGGUGAAGCCGAAGAGCAGAGAACGUUGGUGAACUUGGAUCAGAAGAAACAAGAACGAAUGGACAAAGAAAGAGCAGAAAGAUUGUCUAAAGUGGCAAGCUAUAAGGCUGAACAAGAAUUGAAACGACUGGCUGAGGAAGAGGAGAGACUGAAAAGGGAGGUGAUGCAAGCCAGAGAAGAGCAGAGACAGAAGAGACAGAGAGCUGCUGUGAAGAUGAAAGUUGAAGAAUACUGCAAACAGAAAGCAGAAGAAAAAGAAAUCAUGGAAUUAGCAAGCGAUGCCCUUAGGCAUGAAGAAAUGGAAAAAAGACGAGCAGCAAACAAACAAAUUGAUAGAUUUCAGGAACGAGAUCGUGCUGCUUUCGAUGAAAGAAAACUACGACAACAAAAACAAGCAAUGCAGGACGAGGAGCGAACAAAACGUUUAACAAAACUGAAAGGACAAGUCGAUGUUCAUGUAGAGAGAGAUCCAUCUCGUCUCUAUAAAUUAACUGAAGGCUGGGAGAACAGGAAAAAGGACAACACAACGUCACACGGUGGUGCAGUCGUCUCCUUACCAAAACGAGCGGUGCCGUCGUGGAGAGUGGGAGUGUGAACAAGGUUGGAUAAAUAAAUACAUAGAAUAAUAAUUAUGGCAUUCAGUUGUAUGAUCAUGUUGUCAGAUUUUACGAAAAAAAUUUUAAUUUAAGUAAGUUAAAGCAGCCAAUGGUGAGAAAAAUUGUUUCUUACAAAUGAAAUUGUAGAUUGAAUGAGGGAAAGUUUUAUUGACUGGAGGAUAGAAACGUUUGAAAUGUCAUAGACAGUGAAGAUUUAAUACUAAAAUUGAAUGGCGAAUGUCUUGUAAUUAGACUUGUUGAAAUUCAAAGUGGGUGUAUAUAUGCAC